AGCUCAUAGUGUGUUUUGAGUUGCUUGUAGGGUGUGCCUAUUUAUAAGGUGGAAUUCUAUCCAAUUAAUAUCUCAAGCACACCUACAAAUGUGAUUGAAACUCAUCUCACUAAUUUACUUGAUUUGGACUUUGCUGUAGACAUUGAUGUUCAUAUUAAUCCACUUGGGUCGAGUCAAACUUUGGCCCAGAGUCUCAAAUAGACUAAUCAAGCACUAAUCUAAUGUUUGGCAGCUUGGAUUAUGGAAGAGGCCAAGCUGAUAGAUGAGUUAAUGGAAUAAAUACCUAGCAAAAAGGGAAUUCAAAUUUUUAGCUUCCAGUAAAGCAAUCUCCUAUACUACAUUCAUUGAUCAUUUGAUUCCAAAAACGUAAACAUUGAAAACAUUUCAGCAAUAUAUACCAUGCCCAACAUAUAUUACAAUAGAUCUGCUCAAAUUGCAAUUUAGUUACAAAAGAUUUUAGACACCAACACAUACAAAAUUAUUUAUGCAUUUCUUUGCUGCUUUGUAUCAUGUUCUAUCUCUUGACUUGGUUGACUGUACCCUCGUAAGAGCUAUAUAAUAUGCCAUUUAAAAAAAUAAAAAGAAAAAAAGAAGAAGAGAGAGAUAGCAACAUAAACCAAUCAAUCUAAAUUUAAUUCAGGUGUUAAUGAUCAGAGAUUUGGACGCAAUACAUUGGUAGUUAGAUAUCAAGAGAUAGAGAUAGAUAGAUAGAGAGAGAGAGAGAGAGAGGUCUGACCACCAAGAUAACCUUCAGUUGACAUUUGAAUAUGAUCCCUAUCUUUAUUGCAAAAUUCUCGUUACAAUUGGAGCAGCAGCUCAUCCAGCCACCACGUGAUUCCUCGCAUGCUACACCCGCCAAAUGGACCGCUGUCUUCUUCCUCCCAAAGGCAUCUUUUCAGUGAAAACUUCUAUUUAAAACUAAUCUACUUCACCUUCUCCUCUGUUUCUUUCCUACUGUUUUUUCCAUCUACCACUUUGAUUCCCAGUGAUGAAGCUUCAACUUCUAAGCUUCCUCUCAGUUCACUUGCUACUACUGCUCUCAGUGCCUGCCUCCUCCUCUCCAUGUCACUUCCCUGCUGUCUUUAAUCUUGGGGACUCCAACUCCGACACCGGUGGGCUGUCGGCCACCUUUGGGCCAUUGACUUACCCUUAUGGGGAGUCUCUCUUCGGGAAGCCUGCAGGCAGAUACUCGGAUGGCAGACUCAUUAUCGACUUCAUCGCUGAGAGCCUUGGAUUGCCUUAUAUCAGUGCCUAUCUGGAUUCCAUGGGCACCAAUUUUAGCCAUGGUGCAAAUUUUGCGACUGCGCUGUCUACAAUACUUCCACAGAAUAUAACUCUAUCUCAGGGUGGUUACAGUCCAUUCUCCUUAGAUGUGCAGCUGAAGCAGUUCUUGCAGUUCAAGUCCCGGUCUCAAAUGAUCUAUAAUGAAGGAGGAAUCUACAAGGAUUUGAUUCCCAAAGAGGAGUACUUCUCUCGGGCGCUGUAUACAUUCGACAUCGGUCAGAAUGACCUCACUGCAUUCUACUUCCUCAACGAGUCCACAGAAGAAUACAUUCCCAAUGCUCUGAAGGAAUUCUCCAGAGUGAUCAAGAGCAUAUAUGAGGAGGGAGGGAGAUCAUUCUGGAUCCACAACACUGGUCCGCUAGGCUGCCUUCCCUAUGUUCUGGUGCAAGGCCACCUUGCACCAUCAGAUUUAGACUCAGCUGGCUGUGCAAUUCGUUACAAUAAAUUAGCCCAAGAAUUCAAUAGAAUGCUCAAUGACACAGUGGCUCAGCUCAGAAAGGAUCUCCCUCUUGCAGCAUUCACAUUAGUGGACAUGUACUCCAUUAAGUACUUGCUCGUAAGUCAGGCAACAAAGCAAGGAUUUGUGCUACCGUUUAGAGCUUGUUGCGGCUACGGUGGCGGCGUCUACAACUACAAUUCUAAUAUUCGGUGCGGAGAUAUGGCGAAGGUGAAUGGAACUAUGAUACUUCUUGGGAAGUCAUGUAGGAAUCCCAGGAAAAGAAUCAAUUGGGAUGGAGUUCAUUACACUGAGGCUGCAAACAGAUGGGUGUUUAAUCAGAUCUCCAGGGGGGCUUUUUCAGACCCUGCUAUGCCAUUGAGCAUGGCAUGUCACAGGAAGACACCAACAAAAUGAUACUUACUGAUAGCA